AUGCAGCUCCAGCUUCCAUACCGUGAUUUGCUCUCAAGCCCUUCCAUUCGGGUUUCUCUAUGUCAGGAUCCUCUAAAGCACCCCGGUGUCGCUCCAUUUGAACGCCCCUGUUGUCCAGGCUGUUCGAUAUGCGACCCUGGUAACCCUGCAGUAACUCGGACGGAGAAGAUUGGCCCUUCCGUUCUCACGAGCUGCAGAGAGGAAGAAAGCCAAGACCCUCCCUUAGACGGAAACACUAAAGUCUGCAUUAUCGGGGCUGGCAUUGCAGGUCUGUAUAUCGCGCUGAUUUUGCAAGACCUGGAAAUUCCAAGUCUUUCCUGGGAUAUACUCGAGGCCCAUCGGGAUCGCAUUGGCGGCCGCAUUUAUACCCAUCGCUUCUCUGAGGCGCCCAAUGACUACUAUGAUGUGGGCGCAAUGCGGUUUCCGGAUAUCCCAAUCAUGUCUCGGGUAUUUGAUCUCUUUCGGCGAAUGCAAGUGCCAUUGAAGGAAUUCGAUAUGCGAGAGAGAAACACGAACACGGGGGGUCAUGGGAUCUCCAAGACCGAAGAUAGUGCAUCGGCCAAUCUCCUCAGUCGAUCAUUCAGCCCGUAUAAAAAUGUUAUGCAAAAGGAUUUCGUGCAGGGGUUUCAGCUCUUGAUGCAAGCAGAUGUAAUGAGCACCCGCGAAUAUCUUCGAGGCAGCCACAAGUCAAGCUUCAUGGCAAUCCAGUCUGCCGAGAGCAACACCACUGGCACAGGCACAUUUGAUCAAGCCUUUUCAGAGAGUGUGAUGGACUCUUUCGACCUCGAUCAACCCACGAUAGGGUCCGAGGACAGUGGGCCAGUGAAAUGGUAUUCUGUGGAUGGCGGCUCUUCUGUGGUGAUUCAGCGAAUGUGCCACCAACUCAAUAAAAACAGCACCAUCGAGCUUGGGAAACAAGUUCGUCGCAUUGCUAUCAACCGUAGUACCGAUCUGUCGGUAUCGUGUGCGGGCGAGGAAGAGGCUCGCGAUGGGUAUGCAACGGUGUUCAGCACUAUACCAUUGGCAUGCCUGCAGCGGAUCGACACCGAGUCACUCCAUCUUGAUACUAUGCAAGAGGAAGCCAUCCGGUGUUUGCGGUAUGAAGACUCUACCAAGGUGGGUAUCAAGUUUGCGUAUCCAUGGUGGAUUGUAGACUGCGGGAUUCGAGGGGGUGGCAGUGCCUCAUCGACCCUCCCCUCACGGACCUGCGUCUACCCGUCGCAUAUCGCGGAGGAGGACUGGGACAAGCCGGCCGUAUUGUUGGCCUCGUACACCUGGGGCCAAGACGCCACUCGCAUGGGAGCUUUGAUAAAUCUGUCCACCGCCAGCCCUGAUAGGGGUGAGGUAGAGAGCAAUGAUCUGCUAGAUCUUGUCCUCAGGGACCUCGCUCAGCAACAUCGGCAACAUGGAAUCACGUACGAGAAACUGCAAACCCUGUACCGUGAUCAUCAUGCCUUCUGCUGGGGCAAUUCACGUUUUUCGUCGGGGGCCUUUGCGCUUUUUGCCCCUGGACAAUUCACCAACCUCUACCCUUCUUUGUCCCUCCCAGCCGCCGAGGGCAAGUUUCAUAUUGUAGGGGAGGCUGCUAGUGUCCAUCAUGGGUGGGUGGUUGGCUCGCUGAACAGUGCAUAUGUGGCGGUCUAUCGAUUCUUGCUUCGAUAUGGACAGCAACGGGCAAUCCAGAAGCUGGAAAAGAACUGGGGAACCGUACAUGAGUUGGAUCUUGCGGGUGUUGCUCGCCUUGGUGGAACAAUUUGA